GACAGCAUUUGCUUCUGGACCACAGGGUGUAUUGCCGCUGGCUGAUAUAUGCGUGGGACUGUGGACUACAGAGUCAAAACUUGAUGCAAUAGGUUUGCCUUCAGCCCUGACGACAAUGCUGUCUGAAAGGUAAGGGGCUGAUUCUGCUCUCGGUGGGUCUCCUGCAAUGGGUGGGCGCCGAUUCAGGCCCCAAGGGUCUGACACUGACAUGGCAAUCUGAAGCAACUCCUCUGGACUCAGUGGGGGUGAAACUGGUGUAAGCUGGGGGCGGGGAGGAGGGUCUGCGUCUGAUCUCCGUGUAAAUCAGGACUAACUCCCCUGAAAUCCAGGCGCUUCUUGCUGUGAGAGCGGGCUCUUUGAUCUCGGCAGAGGUUGGGCUGAAGGAGUUAAUACGGAGCGAGUAAAAGGGGGGGGAAUGCUGGAGUUGACACUUAAACAGGAGAGGCGGGUCCCUCUGGCUCCUGAUUGGCCUCCACUUCCAUCCAAAACUUUUUUUUUUUCCUUUUCACUUCUCCUCCUCCUGCUUCUCCGGGUCCCAGGGGAGGGGAAAGUGGAAUAGUGCGAGAUCAAAAAUAAACCUCUUAUGUCAAACGAGGGGGAAGAAAGUAUAAAUACUGAGAAGUCGGCAGCCUGCUUUGGGGCUGCAAAGGCUUUGGAGGGGCUGCUCCAGGCGAGCUUGGCCAGAAGCGUCAGGGGAAGACAGGCGGGAAGCAAACUCUUAGCGAGAGUGAGAAGCCCCUUCCCCAAGCCCCAUCCGGCUCAGCACCUUGCCCAAGCAGCCAGCUGACUUGCUGCUGCUGGGUGUUUGGCUUGCCAAGGUGCAGGGAGCUGGUGCUGACCCCCAGUCCGGGCUCCGGAGGGAAGCGGAGCUUUCCCCAUCUCUCUCGCUCUCCUCUUGCUGGUAAUUAAACCAGCCGGCGUUAAUCUCUCCCUCUUCUAUUGCAUCUGGCUUCACUCCCCAGCGCCGGUCCCACGCCGGCUUGCGGAGAGCGCCCUGCCCUGCCCUGCCGGGGGUGGCACUUGGGUCUCCCGUCGCACUGGUCCGGUUCCAAGCCCGUGGCAUCCAUGCCCCUGUCCCGUCGGGAGCCGCCCCUGCCUGGCAGGCUGGCACCUGCCUUCCCCCUCCUGCUGCUGCUGGGCGCUGCCCGCGCGCUGCCCCGCCAGCCCGGGGACUCCCAGGAGGUGGUGCCGGUGCGGAUCCCAGACCCGCGGGGCGGAGAGCAGGUCUCCUUCUGCCUCUCCGCCUUCAGCCGGGACUUCGUGCUGCAGCUGGUGCCCGACGCCCGCUUCCUCGCCCCCGGGCUGAAGAUUCAGCGCCUGGGCCGGCCGGGCCCGCGGGCGGAGGAAGACGAGGCGGGGCUGAGGAAAUGCUUCUACUCCGGGACCGUCAACUCGCAGCCCGGCUCGCUGGCGGCCGUCAGCCUGUGCCGGGGCAUCCGCGGCUCCUUCCUGGUGGACGGGGACGAGUACCUCGUCCAGCCCGCAGCCCGCAGGGGCGGCGAUCCCCUGCUGCAGCCGCAUCGGCUCCAGAGGAGGCGGGCGCCCGAGCCUCCCGAGCCCGGGAGCGAGCUGCCCGUGGAGACCAGCCGCCGAGCCAAGCGCUUCGUGUCCGCGGCCCGCUUCGUGGAGACGCUGCUGGUGGCCGACGCGUCCAUGGUCCAGUUCUACGGGGAAGAGCUGAAGAACCACAUUCUGACCCUGAUAUCAGUGGCCGCUCGGAUCUACCAGCACCCUAGCCUAAAGAACUCCGUCAGCUUGGUGGUGGUGAAGGUGCUGGUUGUGGAGGAUGAGAAGGCCGGGCCGGAAGUGUCUGACAAUGGAGGGCUCACGCUGCGCAACUUUUGCAACUGGCAACAGAGCUUCAACCCCGCUAGUGACCGUCACCCAGAGCACUACGACACUGCUGUCCUGCUGACUAGACAGGACUUCUGUGGGCACCAGAGCUGCGACACUCUGGGAGUGGCUGACAUCGGCACCAUGUGCGACCCCAACAAAAGCUGCUCUGUGAUUGAAGAUGAGGGUCUCCAGGCUGCCUACACCCUCGCUCAUGAACUAGGACACGUGCUCAGCAUGCCUCAUGACGACUCCAAGACCUGUGAGAGGCUCUUUGGGCCCCUGGGAAAACAUCACAUGAUGGCUCCUUUCUUUGUCCACUUGAACAAGACCCUGCCCUGGUCCCCCUGCAGUGCCAUGUACCUCACAGAGUUUCUGGACGGGGGACAUGGUGACUGUCUGCUUGAUGCGCCAGCCGAACCCAUCGUCCUCCCCACAGACCUUCCAGGCCAACUCGCCAUGUACGACCUGGACCGCCAGUGCCAGCAGAUCUUCGGCAAGGAGUUCCGGCACUGCCCAAACACCACAGACGAGGACAUCUGUGCGCAGCUGUGGUGCAGAAUGGACACCAGGGAGCCCCUGUGUCACACCAAAAAUGGCAGCUUGCCAUGGGCAGACGGUACGCCCUGUGGAGCGGGCAGGCUGUGCUGGGAUGGCAGCUGCGUGGCACACGAUGCGAGGAAGCCCCAGCCCGUGGUGGAUGGGAACUGGGGCCCCUGGAGCCCGUGGGGAGCCUGUUCCAGGACGUGCGGAGGAGGAGUGCACUUCUCGUACCGGGACUGCAACGACCCCGCACCUCAGAACGGUGGAAAAUACUGCGAGGGUCAGAGAGCCAAAUAUCAGUCAUGCCGCACAGAGGAAUGCCCACCGGACGGGAAGAGCUUUAGAGAGCAGCAGUGCGCAAAGUACAACAGCUACAACUUCACAGAUCUGGACGGGAAUCUGCUGGAGUGGCUCCCCAAGUAUUCUGGGGUGUCCCCCCGGGACCGUUGCAAGCUCUUUUGCCGAGCCAGAGGGAGGAGCGAAUUCAAAGUAUUUGAGGCCAAAGUGAUCGAUGGGACGUUGUGUGGGCCAGAGACCCUCUCCAUCUGCGUCCAUGGGCAGUGCAUCAAGGCUGGCUGUGACCACGUGGUUGGCUCCUCCAAGAAGCUGGACAAGUGUGGGGUGUGCGGUGGCAAUGGGUCGACAUGCAGGAAAAUAUCCGGCUCACUCAACAGAUCCAAGUAUGGAUAUAAUGACAUCGUCACGAUCCCUGCUGGAGCUACCAACAUUGAUAUCAAACAACGCAGCCACCGAGGGGUCCGUCACGAUGGAAACUACCUGGCUUUGAGAACCCUGGACGGCAAGUACCUCCUGAAUGGAGACUUUGCCAUUUCAGCCAUGGAGCAAGACCUCCUGGUGAAGGGGACAAUCCUGAAGUACAGCGGCUCUCUGACGACUCUGGAGCGGCUCCAGAGCUUCCGGCAGCUUCCGGAAUCUCUCACUGUCCAACUGCUGACCGUCUCCAGUGAGGUCUUCCCGCCCAAGGUGAAGUACACUUUCUUCCUCCCCAAGGACAUCCCCUUUAGCAAGCAGAAGGUCAAGGAAAAGAAAUCAGCCAACAUUAUCCAGCCCAUGCUGACCUCGCAGUGGGUUAUGGGAGACUGGUCCGAGUGCUCCAAAACCUGCGGCUCUGGCUGGCAGAGGCGAACGGUGGAAUGCCGGGAUGUGGAGGGCCAGGCCUCCACCACCUGCGACAAGGCUCUGAAGCCUGAGGACAUCAAGCCCUGCGGCGACCUCCCGUGCCCCAUUUGGCGUGUCGGCCCCUGGUCGCCGUGCUCCCGAACUUGCGGCGAGGGAGUGCGGACGCGGAGCGCCGCCUGCAUUGACUAUGCAGGAAAGAUCGUAGCCCCUGAGAAAUGCAGCUUGCCCCCGCCCCAGGCAGCGACCGCUGCCUGCGUACUGCAAGAAUGCUGAGCCAGGACAGGCCUAGUGCAUCGGAGACGCAUAACGUAGCCAACUACUAACCAGACCAGACCUGGCUUGGCAAGUCAAGCAGGGACGUAGGUUUAAAAGUGAACGUGCACUAAUUGACCUGAGCAGGCCCCCGGGGGCAGACCUGCUUGGAAGACUCUUUUCUGGUUCCAUCCCCCGCCAAUAGACAUCUACCUCAGAGGGGGCAGAAAAUAGUCCGGGGGAAAGGAGGAGUCCAGUGAUUUAUUUUUACUGGUCAAUAGCAGAUGAAUUUUAAUUUAAGGAGCGAGUAAUCCUAUUCUAGGCUAUUUCCCAAAAGGAUGACCUGAGUUUCAGCCAUGCCCACCCAUUCUCCUUCAUUAUUUACCAUAUGUGGCCUGAGAGACUCAUCUGCAGGGAGGCUGAGGGGUAGGAUAGCUGCACCCCCUGGCUUGAAGGGGUUUCCAUUACGUUCAGGGUUUACAAUUUGGUUCAAUGGCUCUCAGCACCCCCACUAUACAAAUUGUUCCAGCACCCCUGAGUUUAACACAGGUUUGUUUGUUUUUUCAACCUGUAUGGGAUGAAGGGCCUGAUCCUGCCGCCAUUACUCAGGUAGAAUUCCCAAUCUCUUCAGUAAAGACUGUGGGAGCAGAAGCCUUAAACAUGACCUUAUACUAAUUUGGCAAAUUCCAUUAGGGUUCGUUACUACAGAGGGGUUUAAGCUGCACAAUUUGGCCCCUCUGCCCUGUCCCAACUUCAGUGGUGUUCGGACCUGGGGCUUUGGUUCAGCCCAUUUGAAGCUGGGCCCCUUUGCCAAACUUCUGUGGAUCGUGGCUCCGAUUUCGGUCCCCUUUGUCCCAAAGUUUGGGGGUGUUUGGAUCCAGGGGGCUUGUUCAAGGCCAUCUCUAUUCUUAGAUGGUUAUAUACAACCAUCCACCAUCUGAACAGAUGAAAGGAGAGGGGACAAAGUCGGUCCAUUAGUAGUGCACAAAUGCAGUGGAAGCCCCGUGGAAAGUCAGCCUGCAAAGUCAAACCCAGCAUUGCACGUGUCCAUCUGAACCUUUCCGACUUGUCUCUCUCAGUUAGCCUGCACAGACAACCAAUGAACUGUUGCAGGAGGCAGAGUGUUGUGAGUAGGGGACCGAGCUCCAGCUACUCCUGAGUCUAAAGGACACUAAUUCCUUUAUGCAGCCUUAGAUGAGUCACUUAACCUCAAUUUCCUCAGCUGUAAAACGGGGCUAUUGGCACUACCCUGAUUCACAGGAUGUCAUGAGGAUUAGCUGAUGUUUGUACAGUGCUUUGAAGGUGAAGAGCGAAAUGUUUAUUGCAUGAUAUAAGCUAGAUGCUGCAUCUCAACUAUGCCCUGACUCCUGACCAGGAGGGUGCGAGCUAGUGUUUCCUUGCGCAUGGAAACCCUCCUCGGUUCUCAGUCAAUUCUCCCACCACUUUGCCCUAGUAUUGUCCUCCAUCUGACCAGUCCUGACCAGGACAUCUAAAACAGCUUCUCCCAAGGCUGGAGUCUUUUUUUUUUCCUAGCAGGGAUUGCUGCCAGAGCUAAGUAACACAGCCAGCUCUUCUCUCUCUCCGACCCAGAUGUUGUCUGUCCCCAGUGCAGACAUCUGGCCAGUCUCUGAACUUUCACCUUUUGAAGCAAGCUCCCUGUGCUACACAUCCGGUGAGACUGAUCAGACCUGGCAGCAGCCUCUGUCUUUAGGGAAAAUGUGCAAAUUUACUUUUCAUCAAAGUUUCUCAAUAGGGGAGCCUCAUAUUACCCAGAAGUUCCAUUUUCUUAUGCCCCUACCUUGGGGACUCCCAAGCAUCUUUCUCCCUUUUGAUGCUCUCACACUCUCUCUCUCGUGUGUACGGCUUCCAUUUAAUUGUUGGAAACAAACCCCAGCGAACUAAAGAGAUCUCCAUUUGUCGGUCUCUCUCUCUCUGCCUGUCUCAUGUGUGUCCUUUUCUAAUUAGGACUGGGUGACCCUCCUGGAGGAUAAGAUUCUGUGAUCAUUGAAAACUAUUUGGGGGAGGGGAGGGGUUCUCAAACCUAUUGACCCUAUUUUCCCUGUAUUUUAAUUCUAGGUUUUUCUAGCUAAAGCAAAGCCUGUACUAUAGGGAGGGGCAUGCCAGCAUUUCCCCAUCGGAACAGUGGUGAGAGCAGGUUACUAGGAGGCAGGAUUCCUCGGGUCUGUUCCUGACUUUGCAGCUGUUUUCUGACCUUGGGGAAAUCACUUCUGUUCUCUGUACCUGUGGCUACGUCUACACUGUGACACCGAGUCUCCGAGCCUAGGUCAAUUGAUUCACCGGGAUUGGCUGUGGGGCUGCAAAUAGCAACCUAGACGUUUGGGCUCAGGCUGGAGCCCAGGCUCUAAGAUCCACCCCCCUUGUAGGGUCCCUGAGCCCGAAUGUCUACGCUGCAAUUUUUAGCCCCGCAGCCUGAGCCCUGAGAGUCCAAAUCAGCUGACGCAGGCUAGCUGCCCUGCAGCCAUGCCGCAGGCCUUUUAUCUGUAUAGGAGAGGCCUGGCCGAGGUCAGCUCCUUAAAGGUCAGCAACGUAUUGUUACAGAAUGAGAGUAUUUGAUGAGGCCGGGAGGAAGCUAUUUUAGCCACAGAUGUCAGCAGGGAGGGCGCACGGAGUGGGUGGGCGGCUGCAGAGCCCUUGUAAGAGCCAUUCUUUUAUUUAUUUAUUUCGUCGUUGUUACUCUUCUUAUGCCAGAAAUUGACUCAUGCAUCUUUGACCUGCUGCUCCUCCUGGGGCUGGCACUCCAUGCAGAAUGUGCUCUGGCAACCUCAUUAGGGGUGUGCCCCAAGACGACCUCCACAGUGGGGUCACCCUUUUUUUCCUGCAGUCGGUGACCUUUCAAACUAAAGCUGCUACAUGUGCUGCUGCUAUGGGGCUCCCCGGCCUUUACCCACUCCCUGCAUAGACUAGAGUUAACAUGCCGCUAGCUUGGCCCAUGUGAAAGGGAGACCCUUGCCUGGGGCCCCAUGAAACAGCCACGCCAAGGAAAAAGGGAAGGGGGUUGACCCUUCCACCUUGGAAUCAGGGCCAGCUCCAGGGUUUUAACCGCCCCAAGCAGCCAAAAAAAAAAAAGCCGCGAUCGCGAUCUGCGGCGACAAUUCGGCGGGAGGUCCUUCGCUCCGAGCAGGAGUGAGGGACCGUCCGCCGAAUUGCCGCCGAACAGCUGGACCUGCCGCCCCUCUCCGGAGUGGCCGCCCCAAGCACCUGCUUGGUAAGCUGGUGCCUGGAGCCGGCCCUGCUUGGAAUGGAGUUGGGACAGUGAAAGAGAAGCCCGUUUUGUUCAUCUUGAAUAAAGAAUAGUCUGCCUGCUGGCUGCACCGUAUUUAAUGUAAGGGGCAGCGGGAAUAGAAGUGCUAAAACCAACAGUGGUGUGUGGUUAAAUCCUCGGGUCGCAUUUGAAUAUCUCAACCAGUAUCUCAAUACUGGGCUGACCCAAAAUCCCAGAUCCGAAAGCUCCUGAUUUAGGGGUUCAAAAUCCAGAUCCAAAAGUGUGGCCUAUUCAACCUUGGGGUUUGGAUCUAGACCCUUACAAAGAGAGGUUUGAGCUUUGAACUCUUAUCAGAAGUUGGAGUAAGGAGGGUUGGGUCCUACCCACGUCUUAAUAAGAACUGACCCAAACCUGAGCUGAACCCAGAUAGAACCUUAGCACUGCUGCCUCUUCAUUUCUAGAUUCUGGGGGCAGAUGUGCCAAAAUACCAUGAGAAAGGCUGUUUGCACCAGGAAUCUUUCCAGAAAGCCAGUCCUCACUAGACAUCUAGCUUAAUUUUGAAGACCUAGAACAUUCAGGCCCUGAUCUUCCUCCAGCAGGAUAUGGAUAACUGCCACUGAAGCCCAGUGAAGUUUUUCUUAUCCUGGGGGUUUAGCUGAAGGGAAGAGAAGACCCCUGCUGAUCUGGUUGUUUCCUUUAAUCAAACUACUGAAUUUCAAGUUUGCUCUCCUCCAGAUAUGUUGGGAAAUCUUUACAAAUCCUCAUUGGCUUCUUUCAGGACACAGUGACUCAUGCGUUUCUCACCUUCCCUUUGCUGAUCUGAGAAUGUGUAUGCAGAGCAGGUCAUGAACUCAAUAGCGCCCUCCUCCAAUAUCAUUUUAUCGGCAUGUUACACAAUAUAUAAAAUGGUCGGACCCGAGCCAGAGGGUGCACGUCAGGGUCCAGACUUUGAAAAAGUUCACAGCGUGAAGAAUCCAGAAUUUCUAUUAGGCCCCUUUUAUGGAGGUAAUGGACAGCUGCAAAGUUUGGAUCCAGCACUGAAUUUUCCCAGAGUUUGAGGUUCAAUUCAGGCCUCUCUAAUGAACACACACAGAACGCUGCUCUAGCUCCAGGAAUUUAAACCAUCUCACACGCUCCAACAAAUAGUUGGAUGCUGAAGUCAUGCUUUCUUGCUUUGGUAUUUUUUUUCCUUCACAUGUGUGAGUGUUUAACUCAAAAGCAACUAUGUGUCUUUUCUCCAAGGUUGUAGUGCCCAUUUGAGAUAGGUCAGAAAUUGCAGUCUGAGAUUUCCCUGAGAUUGUGCCAAGGAAAACAUAUGCACUAAUAAUGAAGCCCACACUGGUGUCAAGCAAGCAGAGAGACCUCCUCCAUUCACGUCCAUGGCGCAGUUCAUUAGCUAGAACUUCUUGCAUGUGCAAGUUCCCAGUUACAGACAAAUCCCAAUCAGCAUGAUAUUUUUGAUUAACUCCCCAAUUGCUUUCUAGCUCUGCUUGUGUUCCUCUUAGUCCUAAAUAGUGUAAGAGGACUCUUCGUCCCCAGUUCAGUAAGGUACUGAAGAGCACAUCUGGCAUUAAGCAUGUGAGUAGUCCAAUGGACUUCAAAUGAGUUUAAAGUUAAGCAUGGGUUUAAGUGAUUCGCUGGAUCAUGAGGGGGAGAAUGCAUCUGUGGUAUAUAAAGCUCUGUUGAAAAAAUACUGUGGUGUUUUGCUGUAUUGGUCCCUGAUAUGGAAGUAACAUUAUAGCAAGCAUUUGCACUGGUACUGUUGUUUUAUAUUCAGCACAGGCCUGUGUCUCUAAGCUUGAAGUGGGAAUUCUUUACAGCAGCUGCAUUCCUGCUACUGAGGGUUAAUAGUUUAACGCCAGCAUGUGAGGUCCAGCCCUGACCACUGAAAAGUAAAGCUAACCUCGAGGUGACAAGGGCAGGAAACCUGCCAGUUUCUCAUUCACGCCAAUGUCAAUCCUAUUUUAAGCAGACCUUUUUGGUCUCUUGUUCUCACUCUUCUAGUUACUGUAGAUUGAGAUUCGCUCUCAGCACAAAAUUUGGACCAGGAUCAGAACUUCUUUAUGGGGUGUUUUGAUCCCGGGCAUUGGGGCCCAGGUCUGAUACAUACAUUUCACUGGGUGAUGAUUGUUUUGGAAUUCCUGACCUAUCCUUCUCUUAGAAACAUGUAGCAUUUAUGGUGAUGUAAGUCAAAUAAGUUAUAUAUAGGAGAUAUAUAUAGAGAGAGAGAUGUAUAUAUGUUUCCCUUCAGUGAAGGAUUGUAGCAGUGUACUGAGCCUCUUCUGUAAAAUAUUUAUUAUGAAUAUUUGUUUUGUACAGUAGCUGUCUGAAAAGAAGGUGUGACCAUUUGUGUUUUAAGAUGAUGCUGCUGUCCUCCCCCAUCCUACACCCGCAGUGGAGUUUUGGGGGAGGAAAUCUCGCUAAUCUUUCUAAUUGCUUAGUUACACAACUGGUAUCUCACUACUGUUUGGUGUGCAAAUCAGGACGCGAUUUCCAAUCAAGCUUUGUAAUCAUAACAAACCAAUAGAAAUAAACGUUCUAAUUUUAUUUUAACAAAGAAACAUUUUCUUGUUUUAUCCUGGGUUUUGUUUUGUUCUGUUAAUCUUUGAAAAUGGAUAGUCCAAUUGUAAUGCUAGCCUUUAUCUCUUAAUAAAGGACUUCCUGGAAAUUA